AUGUCCGGAGGUGGCGGCGUUAUUUUACGCAUCGGGGUUCUUGCUGCUCGAGAUUUGGCGGCUGCAGAUAAGGAUGGUUUUUCCGAUCCAUAUGUAGUUGUCCGAGUUGGAAAUCAAAAAUACCAGACACAAGUAAUCAACAAAAAUCUUAACCCAGUCUGGAACCGAGUUUUCGAUGCAAAAUUAGGACCCGAAAAAAUACCACAACACAUAACUAUCACCGUAUGGGAUGAAGACCGAAUUGGUCGUGACUUUCUCGGGGAGGUGACAAUCCCAUUAAAACAAGUAUUCGCGCGUAAUAAUGGUGGAAUAAACGACGGACAACCACGUGCUUAUGAUGAUCCGGCGAAUCAACCGGCCGCUUUUACUUUACAGAAACGUACGUCAAAGAAUGAUGUCAGGGGCGAUAUAGUGCUGAAAUUUGGAUUGGUUGAUGUGGGUGGUUCUCAGAAAAAUGAGGAAGAUUGGUAUUAUUUCUGGGAGCAAUUCACUUCACAUAUUGAGUCACGAUGA